AUGUUUUCUUCUUUCACAAAUACAAAUGAACUUUCCAGGACAAGGAUACAGUACUGGUGGUUAUCCACCUCAACAACAAGCUUAUGGAAGUGGAUACCCGCCUCAGCAACCAGGUUACCCACCUCAACAACCUGGAUAUCCCCCUCAACAAGCCGGUUAUCCACCUCCACAAAAUGGUUACCCUCCACAGCAGCAAGGAUAUCCUCCACAGCAAUCAGGCUAUCCAGCACAAGGAUAUCCUCCGCAACAACCAGCCUCACCUUAUGGUGGUUACUCUCCUCAACAACCACCAGCUUCACCCUACGGUGGUUACCCUCCUCAACAGCCACAGCAACAAACCUCAUUCGAUCGUAAUAUUCCGCCUGCUUAUUCGCCGCAAGUCCAGGAUCCUAUGUUUUUACCAAGUGAUCCAAGUCUUGCACAAGCAAACUAUCCACAGCCGCCUCAUUCUAUGCACAACCAAUCACCCAAUCCAGUGCCCUAUGGACAACCACAAUCAAAUCCAAGUGAUUAUGUGAUGCAUGUCAAUCCCAAAUAUCGAAAUAUGCCACCACCUAAUUUCCAACUCUCCAAUUGCCAGGGUAGAAAAAGAGCAUUGUUGAUUGGUAUCAAUUAUUUCGGCACCUCGGCAGAACUAAAAGGUUGUAUUAAUGACGUGGAGAAUAUCAAGCAAUUUUUGGUUACCUUGUAUAAUUUUAAUGAGCAGGAUAUGGUUAUCCUGACAGACAACCAAACAAAUCCACAAAACAUUCCCACAAAACAAAACAUCAUUCGCGCCAUGCAAUGGUUGGUACAUGACUCCAGGCCUAAUGAUUCGUUCUUUUUCCAUUUUAGUGGACAUGGUGGUAGAAUGAAAGAUUAUGACGGUGAUGAGGAUGAUGGAUACGACGAGACAAUUUAUCCUGUGGAUCAUGCAACCUAUGGGCAGAUUGUCGAUGAUAUGAUGAAUGAUAUCAUGGUGAAAAGGCUAGUACCUGGCUGUAGACUGACCGCUAUUUUUGAUUCAUGCCAUUCUGGUACAGCUCUCGAUCUACCCUAUGUAUACUCUACACAAGGCUCUAUCAAGCAACAAAGCUUUCUUAGGGAUGCAGGUAGUAGUUUAAAAAAUGCAGGUAAGGCCUACAUAUCCGGUGAUCCGUCCCGAGCCAUCAGUUCAGUCAUGUCGCUUGGUUCUCGUAUCAUGAGUGGUGGUAAUACAAUGAAGAAAGAAAAAAUCCAUCAAAUGAAAGGAUCCGCUGCUGAUGUAAUCAUGUUUUCUGGCUGUAAAGACGAUCAAACCUCGGCGGAUGCUUCAGAAGCUGGUAGAGCCACCGGUGCCAUGAGUUAUGCUAUCACUAGAGCUUUAAGAGAAAAUAGAAACCAAACAUACAUUCAAUUAUUGAACAGCAUUCGAGCCAUUUUAAAACAAAAGUAUAACCAAAGACCACAAUUGUCUUCAUCACAUCCAAUGGAUAUGAAUCUUUUGUUCGUACUGUAAAAAAAAAAAAUUAGUGUGUACAAUGUAAUAAAAGCUCCGUUCCAUUUUUGAUGCACCCUUUUUA